CCCUGAAAGUCUGAGCAUUAUGAGAGCUGGGAAGGCUCAGGAGUUUGCACUCUGAGAGACCUGAACCUCUAGCCCCAAGGAGCUAAAUCCAGGAGAAGGUUGGACAGUGUGUGAGUUGGAGCUAGACCAGAUAACGGGCCCGGCUGCCUCAGGACCUCACGCUCCCCGGCGCUGGCUCCCCCCGCAGCAUGUCCUCCCAAGGCUCCUGGGACGGCGCACAUGGCGGCCUUCUCCAGGGCCUGGCCAAGGGCCCUUCCUUCCUGGGGAGGCUUCAGUGCCGCCCGAGGGCGAGGUCCAUGGAGCUGCCCGGCAGCCCCCCCAAGGGCCCCUUGAGGGCCACCUCUGAAUUUCUGGAUUCGGGGACCUCCUCCUUCCUGGGGCAGCCCCACAGCCCCCGGCCCCUAGCCAGGUCGCCGUCCCCCAGCUUGCCGAGAGACAUCCAUCCCACCGGGCCCGGCCCCUUGUCCUGGGACCUCUUUGGCAAAAGCUCAGACCGACUCCUCGGACGGCGGACUUCCCUGCCCCAUCUCCUGGACUGGGCGGGCAGUGGGCUCCCCGGCAGGCCCCUGGCCCUCCAGAGCUGGAGCCGGUCGGAACGAGAUGUUCGGCUCUCUUCGCCGGACGGAGUCCCUCGGCGGGAGGAGCUGGUGGGCCAGCUGCCGUCGGCCCGUGGGACCCCGAGGGAGCGGGCCCAGGAGACGCAGAGGCGGGAGAAGGCUCUGGAGCUCAGUCAAAUGAAAUGUGAGCUGCUAGACCUGAGGCAGAAGCUGCGCAGCUUCCCUCAGUCCGAGUCCCAGAGAAGCCCUCCUGCAUCCCCCUCCUCAGACUCAGCGGGGGCCGUUGCUCGGGAAGUCCAGGAAGGGGUGCGAGCCCUCUGGAGGCAGCUGUUUGUCUUCCUGCAGGCGAGGGAGGCGGAGGGAGGAGGUUUUCCCCACGUGCUCCGGGUUCUGGGCUCUGGGGCCCAGCCUUGGAAAGUUCCCUUUUCUGGGUCCCGGCCGCCCUCUCCCGGGCCCGAGGUCCCGGCUGCGGAGCUGCAAAGGCUGGGCCUGGGGCUCAUGCUCACCGGCCUCCGCUCCAGCCACUCCCCCGUGUCCAAAGUGACUCUCAGGAUGGCCCCGCGGCCACACCCCAGGGAUGGCGGGAGCACCUGUCGUUAG